AUGCCAGCUACAAACGGCCUCGGUACGGUCCGGUCUCUCAAAUUCCCACCCGCUUGUCGCUAUGCUGCUGAUACACUUGAUUUUGCAGCCCCCUCGCUCACUCCUGACGAGUACGAAACCGUCAAACAACACGGCGACUGGACCGGCUUCAUGCAGUCCCAUGAACUCAAGCCGUGGGACCAUGACGAUAUCGACGAGGCGCAUGAGAUUGUGAAGGAUGAUGAUGAUCAGGAUCCAGUCUAUGAAGUCCGAUACGACGACGGGGAAGAAGCAGAAGUUGGUACCUUCGGACAGGACUAUGCAGAGGGCGAUGGAGGCGAUGAUGGAUAUGUCCCAGGCGAUAGUGGAGACUUUGUAGAUGGCGAAGAUCAUGAUGACUACCACGACGGGGGCGUGGUCGACGACUAUCCUGAAGACUAUGAUCAGGGGUAUGACUAUGGUGAUGAUGAUGGAGGAGAUUCUUUUGACCAAGAUUAUGAUGAGGAUUAUGAUAGUGGUUAUGACUAG